AAGAGCUUGCCGGAACAUAUCUCCGGUGAGUACGAUGCUUACGUGGUGGCCCGUUUUUGCUGACAAGGUUAGUGUUAUAUUAGAUGGAAUUUCUAAUUUUAAUUAUUCUUAUCCUACUUGGAAAAUAAACUAAACCUAAUUUGAACAUUAGUUUUGCCCCAAAUUAAUUUUGCCAUAAAACCCAAUUAGCAUAUACCAAGUUACUAGUUACUGAGUUACUGUGGUUAGUGUCAAUAGUGUGUCACUAGUGAAAAUCAAAGGUCACGUAGAGAGGGAGAGACGUUGCUCUCGAAGCUUGGCGCGAAGAAGAAGGAUACAAGGCGAGAGGCAUUAUCGAAUCAAGGGUAACGGUUCUCAAGUGGCAUCGUGGGAUCACCAUUGUUCGCAAGGAGCAACCCUACGAAGAGAUGGAUCGUUUAGUUACGUUUGUGUAUCAUCACAUGGGUUGCUUGAAAAAGGUUAGAGAUGGGAAUGUGAUAUACGAAGGGGGUUUAGUCACUGAGAUACACAGGGUGAAUGUGGAGACAUGUAAUUUAUUUUUUGUUGAGGGGUUGUUUUUAGACCUGGGUUACCCUGGAUAUAAUGAGGCGUAUUGGCUAGAACCUGGUUUCGAAUUAGGUCAGGGUCUUAGAGUACUAAGGACAGAUGCUGAAGUGAUGAGGAUGUGUGAGAGUGCAAUUAAAAACGACAACACUGUCCAUCUCUACUUUGAUCACCCUAUUGAUGCCAACCCUGAAAUCAUUAAUGACGAUGUGGUGUCUUCUGGUAGCAGUGAGAGUGUGGUUGAGGUCAAUCCACCCGGUGAUGAGAGGGAAACUGAAGUUGUGAGUGAGAAAACUGGCGAGGUUAAUCAGUUGAGUAAGGCUUUAACAGUUGUUGUGAAGAAGACUUUGAAUGAAGUUGUGACUGAGAAGGGUGUUGAUGUUAACGAGUCGGAGGCCGGAGAGGGUGGUGUUAUGAAUGAAGAUGUGAAUCACGGGAAUGGGGAUAAAGAGACUAAGCAACCUGCAGCUCCAGAAAAAGUUGUUAAGAGGGUGAGAAAGAGGCAUCCAAGACCACCACCCAGUGGUUUAUCACAAGAAAGGAGAGCUGCUGAAUCUGAACAGCCUGAGGGUGAUCCUCUAGAAGCUGAAACAGUAAAUGAACAAACAUAUGAGAGGAAUGAUGAUGAUGCACAUGUUGCCAAUGAAGGUGCUAACAAUGAAGAACCAUUGGUGGAUGAGAUGAGGGCAGAGGAAGCAGCUACUCAGAAUGCAGGAGGUGUUAACCUUGAAGAACCAGUGGUGGAUGACUUGAGGGCAGAGGAAACAGCUACAGAAAAUGCAGCAGGUAAACAUAUUAUUUCUGUUUUGUUACAGCAUUUUUUGAUAAAUAUUGCAUGA